CUCCCUCAUUAUUGCUGCCAGAGUAGAUUUGUAGUUAAGUAGGAAAAUGAUCACCAAUUCCUAAUUGCUUUGAUUCAAUCUCUAUUUAUUUCAUGCUUUCAUGCCAUAUGUUGCGUGCACAAAAACUAUAGUUUUGCUCUGUUGCACGCCAUUCAUUAGAUCUUCAUUACAGAUUUUGAAUUUCAUUGCUAUUCUCCUCUUUUUGUUGAACUGGAUUAAAUAUUUCCUUCUCAUUUUUGUGAAGUGGUAAUGCUGCAAUUCUUGGUAUCUUCACACUGAAUUUCAUACACAGAGCUGAACCAAGCAAGGAUGAAGAACAGCUAAGAUCAGGACUAGGAACUAUCACUUGCCUCCACUCCACACCAAACAAGAACCAAUGAAGUUCCAAUUCCGUGCUGUUUCAUUUGUUAUGCUAAGCUUCAUAGUGUCUCUGUUUGGCCUGAUUGUAGCUGACUUGAACUCCGACAGACAAGCUCUGCUUGAGUUCUUCUCAAAUGUUCCACACUCCCCAAGGUUAAAUUGGAGUGAGUCCACUCCAAUUUGUACUUCUUGGGCUGGUGUGACUUGCAACCAAAAUGAAACUAGUGUCAUUAGCAUCCAUCUUCCAGGGGCAGGUUUCCAGGGCUUCAUUCCAGAGAAUAGCCUGGGUAAACUAGAUUCUCUUAAAAUUCUGAGCCUUCAUUCCAAUGGCCUCAGAGGAAACCUUCCGUCUGACAUUCUCUCUAUUCCUUCACUCCAAUAUGUAAACCUGCAGCAAAAUAACUUCUCAGGUCUAAUCCCUUCUUCCCUCUCCCCUAAACUCAUAGCAUUAGACAUUUCCUCUAAUAAUUUCUCUGGAAGUAUCCCACCUAUCUUUCAGAAUCUCAGUAGACUAACCUGGUUGUAUCUCCAAAACAAUUCCCUCUCUGGGGCUAUUCCUGACUUCAACUUUACAAGUCUCAAGUAUUUGAAUUUGAGCUAUAACAACUUGAAUGGCUCAAUUCCAAAGUCCAUCAACAAGUAUCCGUACACUUCUUUUGCUGGGAACUCUCACUUGUGUGGACCACCUCUCAAUAACUGCUCUGCAGUCUCCACUCCAUCUUCAUUUUCUUCCUCCAUUUCUCCUUCUCCUGUUCAUCAACCACUCUCUCCAGAAGCAGCUCCCCAAAAUAGAAGUGCUACCACUUCAAAGAGUUACUUUGGCCUAGCUUCUAUACUUGCUCUGGCAAUUGGGGGCUGUGCAUUCCUCUCUCUCCUGGUUUUGGUGAUGUUUGUAUGCUGUUUAAAGAACAAAAGUCAAAGCAGUGGCAUACUUACAGGAAAGGCACCGCGUUCUGGAAAGACUGAGGUUUCAAAGAGUUUCGGAAGUGGGGUGCAAGAGGUUGAAAAAAACAGGUUGUUUUUCUUUGAAGGUUGCUCUUACAGCUUUGACCUUGAAGAUUUGUUAAAGGCUUCAGCUGAAGUUCUUGGAAAGGGGAGCUAUGGAACAACAUAUAGGGCUGUUUUGGAGGAUGGAACAGCAGUGGUAGUUAAAAGGUUGAGGGAAGUUCUAGUUGGAAAGAAGGAGUUUGAGCAGCAGAUGGAGGUUGUAGGAAGAAUUGGUCGGCACCCCAAUGUUCUGCCCCUUCGAGCCUUUUACUUCUCCAAAGAUGAGAAACUUCUAGUAUAUGACUACAUGCCUGGAGGCAGCUUGUUUUCCUUGUUGCAUGGGAACAGAGGAAUGGGAAGAGCUCCAUUAGACUGGGAUUCAAGAAUGAAGAUUGCACUUGGAGUUGCAAAGGGGAUUGCUUCCAUUCACACCGACCACAUGGAUUCAAAAUUUACUCAUGGCAACAUCAAGUCCUCUAAUGUGCUCAUAACCCAAGAACAUGAUGGCUGCAUCACUGAUGUAGGACUCACUCCUAUGAUGACCUCCCAAUCAACCAUGUCAAAAGCCAAUGGCUACCGUGCUCCCGAAGUAACCGAGUACAGGAGAAUCACUCAGAAGUCUGAUAUUUAUAGCUUUGGAGUGCUCCUUCUUGAAAUGCUCACUGGCAAGGCUCCAAUAGGAUAUCCUGGCUAUGAGGACAUGGUUGACCUUCCAAGAUGGGUGAGGUCUGUGGUUAGAGAGGAAUGGACUGCUGAAGUUUUUGAUGAGGAGCUGCUUAGAGGGCAGUAUUUUGAAGAGGAAAUGGUGCAGAUGCUUCAGAUUGCACUGGCAUGUGUGGCUAAGGUGGCAGAUAAUAGGCCAACAAUGGAUGAAACUGUUAGGAACAUAGAGGAAAUUAGGCUUCCUGAAUUGAAUAACCAUAACACAUCAUCUGAGUCUGACUCUAAUCUACAAACUCCAUAAUUAUUUUGUAUGCGUAUGCUUGCCCUGCCAUGGAUUUCUUAUUUUCUGUACCACACAAGGAAUAACCUUGUUGUGUCUCUAGAGUAUUCAAGUUAUGAUAACCGUAUUGUAUCAUGGUAUGUUCAGAUGACUUAGUAGUUUCUUAUUCCAGAAAUGCAGUGAGAAACGUUGUAUCAAGUUAGUGAAACUGAAGAAGUAAAAGUUUUCCAACCUUGCAUUUUAGUAUCACUCAUUUGUGUAUC